CAGGUAAGUAAGGAGAGACUAUUGUUGACUCUCUAAUGAAGUGAAAAAGGGAGGACUGAGGAUAUCGGAAUAGUUACCGGCGGCUUCUGUGGGACGGCAUGGAAAUCUUAUUGGGCUUCGGACCCAGUAUUCUUUCUCGCCCGUUAUCGACAUGCCAAUCCAAGAGGAGAUAUUUUAACCUUAGAGCUCGAGCUAGUCUCAAUGAAGGAAAUGACUCUUUUUACCAGGCCGCCAUUGAACGAGCUUCCCUUCGUCUCCGGGAGUCUCACUCUCCAGAUCCUCUCCUCAUUGACCCAUAUGUUGGUUGCCUUCUUCCUUCUAACAGUAUGGAAGACAUGAACCAACAGCUGCAUCCCUACUGUCUUGCAACUAAGUUUAUUGAUGACAAGUUGCUAGAAACAAUACAAUCGUCUGAUGGGCUGAAACAGGCUGUUCUGUUAACAGAUGGCCUGGAUACGCGGCCUUACAGGCUCAAUUGGCCAACAUCAACCUUAAUAUUUGACAUAUGCCCUACACAAGUAUUUAGAGAAGCGGUUCAGAAGCUUCAAGAUGCUGGGGCUAAGAUUCCAAGAGGAUGCAUGUCUUUUCAUGUCCCGUCAGAGUCUUUUGACAUAGAAAAUGUACUUCGCAGUAAAGGAUUUAGUGGUACCAGACCAAGUAUAUGGGUUUUUCAGGGAUUUCCUGUUGUGAACUUGGCAAGUUUUAAAGAUAUCUUGUCUGUUGUCAGUAAUUUAGCCAUGAAGGGAUGUCUUUUCUUGGGGGAAAUUCCUGUCUGGCUGGCUGAAACUGAAGUUGCAGACCUGCCUGCCACAAAGACAUGGCUUGACAACCUCUUUAUGAGCUAUGGUUUUCGGGUGAAGGCGAUUGAAUAUGAUGAAGUUGCACGAAACCUCAGCAAAGAUUCUGCAAGACGAGCAUCAGGAGUCGGCACGAGCAUACUUUUUGUUGCAGAGCAUCUGCGUUUCUCUGAUGAUCAGAUGGAAACCUGGAGGAGCGAAUUUCAGAGAAUAGAGGAAGAAGGGGAUGAAGAAGGCUUUGAGGAGCUCUAGUAAAGUUGCAGAAUUUAUUCCUUCCAUCUCCUCUUAUGUUUGCUUUGUAGAGGUUUUGAGAUCAGUAUUUAUCUGUUUUUGAAAUGCCCAUUCCAAAUGUUUGUCUUGUUAGUUUGUUGUAGUAACCUAGCAGCUAUUUUGGUUCUUGGCAGCUGUUUCAACUUGAAAAUGAUAGUCUAAUGGUUAUCACAGUUGGACGUUCAUUUUGCUAGCGUUUUGUUUAAAGAUUAUCAGGUCGGCCAAGUAGCAAAUGUAAAUCACGAUUUUCUUA